UCAAAAUAAACAUUUCGGAAAGCGUAACAGUUUCGGAAAGGAUGUACUUGAGUUAUGCAGUCUUUAAGGAUUGAAAAUUACGUCUACUUCUAACGUAAUAAAAUUACCUUCCGAUACUUUAAUUUUUAACUCGUACCGCUACAUUUCUCAUCAUUGCUAUUUCUUAAGGAAAAAGUAACCUUUCGAAGAUGACUACAAUACUGUCGCUGUGUACAAAAAGUUUUCACCGAGUUCCUAAAUUCCUUGUACAGACAACUUGGAAAGCCAUGAGUACUGAUAGUGAAGUUAUUUUAGAAACUUGUGGAAGUAAAGGAGUAAUUACUUUAAACAGACCUAAAGCUCUUAAUUCUUUGAAUCUGAGUAUGAUUAGAAAAAUUUAUCCUCAGUUGAAGGUUUGGGAAUCUGAUCCUGCUGUAAAACUGGUUAUUGUGAAGUCAUCUGGAGAUCGUGCAUUUUGUGCUGGAGGAGAUGUGAGAGCCCUCGUGGAAGCAUACAAGGCUGGACAACCAACUUUGGCAGAAGAUUUCUUCAGAGAAGAAUACCAACUCAAUAAUUUAAUAGGAACUCUUCAAAUUCCAUAUGUAGCUCUUAUAGAUGGAAUAACUAUGGGUGGAGGAAUAGGGAUCUCAGUGCAUGGUGCUUAUAGAGUCUGCACUGAACGAACAGUAUGUGCUAUGCCUGAAGCAGCUAUAGGUUUUUUUCCUGAUGUGGGUGGCAGCUAUUUUCUCCCUAAGCUCCCUGGUAAAAUUGGUCUCUUUCUGGCUCUCACAGGUUAUCGACUUCAAGGACGUGAUGUUUUCAAAGCAGGCAUUGCUACUCAUUUUGUAGACACCAAAAGUUUGAAAAAUUUAGAGACUGAUUUAAUGAGAUUAGAGAAUCCUACUUUAGGCGAUAUUGACAGAAUUUUGUUGAAGCAUCAAGAACAGUGCGAAGUAGAUUACAAAAAAGAAUUUGCUUUAAAACCUGUGAUGGGCAAAAUGAACACUGUAUUUGCAGCUGAUAGUGUUGAAAAAAUAAUGGAAGCUCUCCAAAAAGAAGGUUCUGAAUGGUCUCGCAAACAAUAUGACAUUAUGAAAAAGCUGUCCCCAACUUCCUUGAAAGUAGCCUUCCAACAGCUGAAGAGAGGUGCCAACAUGACCCUUCAAGAUAAUCUCAAGAUGGAAUACCGAUUGUGCCAAAGAUUCAUGGCAGAUCAUGAUUUUCAUGAUGGUGUGAGAGCAGUUCUUAUAGAUAAAGAUAACAAACCCAACUGGAAACCUGCAACAUUAGAAGAAGUUUCGGAAGAAAAAAUUGAAUCCUAUUUUAAGCCUUUACCUAAUGACAAGGAAUUGAAACUUUAGUAUAUAGAAUGUUUGGUUUGAAGAUGCAGUGAUUCUAAAAUUUUAUUUUAGAUUCAUUUACUCGUUAUAUAGGCAUUAUUUUUUUUAGUCUUAUACCAUGAUUCAUACUCUUUUGAAAGAUCUCAAUUUUAUUUCCAAGAUUUAAGAUAUUCAUAAGUUUAUGCUGAAUAAAACAAUUGUAGUAUUCUAUAUGUAUCAUUUAAUUAUCAAUGAUGUUUCAGAAAAGGAAUUUUAAAUUUAUUUCAGUGGAUUUGUAAUUAUUUUUUUAUAUUAAGACAUUUAUAAUACUUGAGUUAGUUAAUAAAACUUAACAUUAAGGGAAUAAAUGUUUCCAAAAAAAAAAACUUAUGAAAUUGAUUAAAUUAGCAUUCUUGGAUCUCUAAUGCAUUUUCAAUUUUUAUUAAGUUCCUUAAUAAAUGUUUUUUACUACAUUUUUAAAAGAGUAUGAACUAGCUUUAUGUAUAGUUUAACUUUUUUUUAACUUCUGUAAAUAUUAAUCUAGAUUGUUUCUCUAAAUAUUGUUUUCAUAUUUGUAUUAAUUCCAAACUUUGCAUUAUUUGACAUACAACCUAACUAUAAAACAUUUUAUUUUUUAAAAAUUAUCUGGAAAUGUUAUGUUGGAUUAUAAAUGAAUUUGAAAGAAAAAUAUUUUUGUCCUUGGUUGAAAAUGUCAUUAAACACAGUAAGUGAAAACUAAAGUACAAACAGUAAUUAUCCAUUUUUAUAGACAGAACAUUUUGAAUUUUUUACAGUUUUGAACUUGGUACUUUUUGAUGUUCCACUAAUUUGUAACACGUUUUGUACAAAAUGAUUGAAAUAAAAACAUUGUUUGUAAACAA